AUGAAAGCUGUUCAACUCGUUGGAUACAAAAAAAAUUACGAAAUCCGCGAUAUCCCUGUUCCUAAACUAGGAGAGAAUGAUGUCCUGGUAAAGGUGGGUGCGGCAGGCUUCUACCAUACCGACUACCAGCCGGUAGGCGCGGUUGUUUCUGUUGGUUCAGCUGUGCAGGGCAAAUGGGAGAUUGGGCAGAGAGUCGGCGUCCUUCUCUUCCGACAUGCAUGCAAGAUGUGCAUAGGCUGCAAGACCACGAAUGAUAUUCGGUUCUGUAAGAAUCAUGAUUUAGCAGGCUUGAUGGCCGAUGCAGAUAACAUUUGCCUGCUUCCAGAUUCCGUCCCAUUCGAGCAGGCCGCACCUUUGAUGUGUGCUGGGGCAACUGUCUUCGAAGGCAUUGCCAAAACAAAGGCCCUUGGGUAUCAGGUAGUCGCUAUUGAUAAUCGAAUCGAGGGGAGAGAACUAGCAACUGAAUUCCCACUAAAAGCUGACCUUAUUGUCGACUCGGAGGAUGGCGAAGCAGUUUCGAAAGUUAAAUCCUGGACUGGCAAGGGAGGUCUCGAUGCCAUCAUCGUCACUACAGAUCAUGUCCCCGUUACCUUGUGGAGCUUAAAACUUCUACAUCCGAACGGCUUCUGCGUUCCACUCGGGCUUCCAACCACUGGUGUUCCCUUCGAUGCUUUCGAACUCAUUUUCCAGCAGCACACAAUCAUAGGGUCUGUGGUCGCGACCCAAGCUAAUGCUCAAGAGAUGUUGAAUACGGUCGGUAAACUCGGAAUCCGCUCCCACCUCACUACGGUUACAUUCGAGAAAGUGCUUAAUUUGCCAGAUAUAUACAUGAACACUCAUUUAAAAGGGCGAUUGGAGAUGAAGAUUGAGUAA